AUGACAACUACUCCCAUUGCAGCGGGGCCUCGUGGGAGUCUGUUAAAACCGAAGCAGCAGCAGCACCAGCAGCAGCGAAGCAGCAGCAGCAGCAGCAAAAGCAGAAGCAGCGGCCACAGCAGCCUCAUCGCCGCAGCAGCAAAAGGAGCGGCAGCAGCAGCACCACCAUCAUACUUACUAGCAGCAGCAGCAGCAGCACCACGACCGUUACCAGCAGCACAGCCAUUACCCGGCGCAGCAGCGAAACCACCAUCGCCCGCAGCAGCAGCACCACCUCCACCACCGCCACUCCCAGCAGCAGCAGCAGCAGCAGCAGCAGCAGCAGCAGCAGCAGCAGCGAUGUCUGGGGAGCUGCACCCGCACGACCAGCACGGCCGACAUGGGACGCACUGCAUUGUGCCCCACGGGGCGAAGGAAAGAGUCGGCUGGGCGUGCCGGUACCAACGCUUUGACCUUCCCAUCGGCAGCAACUCUUUCUCUUACGCCAUUUCUGACUUCGACAAAGUUUCUGUUGUGCAUGAGGCCAGGAGGGAGCAGCUUUUGAGCGACGUAAAUAUCACCGGCAUCCUCUGCUGCCCGGAGACCCCGCCGCAACCCCGGAGGAGCUCAGCGGCAGUUUCUUGGAUAGACUUUUUCUUGAAUGGCAAGAAACUGCCUCGGGCAUUUUCUGGCCUGAGCGAGGGCGACUACCACCCGGCCAUUUCCUUAUAUAUGGGGGCAAGGCUUAGAUUUAACCCAGGGCCAGAUUUCAAGUACCCUCCCCCUGAGUCUGAAGGGGCGCUGGGCGCUUGCUACAUGCAGCGGCCGUUUAUUCCGUAA